GCAAUUAAUUGAUAUUAAUGUGGAACCCUCAAAUAGUCAUCUCAAGUCUUCAAUAAAAACAGGAAAAUCGAAUAAUAUUUAUGUUCAGACUAAAGAUUACAUAAAGAACGAACUCCCAUGUGAGAUAAAGUCUGCAUUGUGCCUUGAGAUGGAAAAAGACAUAGCUAAAAGUGACGAGGAAGGAUUUUUAUAUGCAUUUAUAGUCCAGGAAAAGGAAAAAGAAAGAUGUGCCUCUAAAAGCAUGUAUUAUAAGAUAGGAAGAUGUAAGAAUGUCAAUCAAAGAAUAAAACAAUGGGAAAACCAAUGUAGAUAUAAAGCUAAGCUUUUAGAAAUAUUUGCUGAGGAUCAUAAGUGCAAGUAUGUACAUCAAACAGAAAGACUAAUUCACAUAGAACUAGCUGAGUCGAGGGUUAAUUUACCGAAAUGCCUUGGUUGUAAAGUGGUUCACCACGAAUGGUUCAAAGGUGAGACAGUAUCAAAAUCCAAAUUACCUGGAUGGAAAGAAAUCAGUGCAGUCAUUAUACAUUGGAUAACAUAUGUUGAAAAUGUCUAUGGACCCACUUAA